AGCCCUUUGUCAACGAGCUGUAGGUGUAUGUGUAAGAACGAAAACAAGAAUACAUUCUGUAUUUCUGUGCAGAGGAUGAGCUGGUAGAAGGCAGUCAAAUUCAGCUAUACAUACAGGGAAAUAUUGCUGCAGGCGCAGGACAAUGACCCAAUUAGCAAUUGCACUGUUGUGCCUGGUUCCCGCCGUCCUGUGCUAUACCAAUGGCCCACCGGUGUCGUCCAAUGCCGACCUGUGCACCGAUAUGCUACCUGACGGUCACAAUGGCGGGGUUAGUCUGGCCUCCGACCAAGCCAACCCACCAUACACGAUCACCACAUCAGCUACGGAGUAUGCCGCAGGGGGCGCUGUUCAAGUAACCAUCACCGGAUCGGCCAGCGAUCAAUUCAAAGGGUUCUUCAUCCAAGCUCGACGCGCCGAUCCAGCCCGGAAUAACGACGUUGCCAUAGGAACGUUCUCCAGGAUACCUGGUAACACUCAACUACUCGUGUGCCACAAUGUUGCAAAUUCUGCGUGGGGACAUUCCAACAGCGAAGCGAGGACAUCAGCUACGGCCACUUGGACCGCACCUGGCUUAGACGAAGGCCCGGUGGAAUUUAGGGCCACCAUUGUGAAAGGCGAACCAAACAGAAACUACUUUUACCUCAACGUCAAGUCAUCCAAGUUGAACUUCACCAACGAAGCCCCACCGGUCAGUGACGGUACAACAAGUUCUCCUUCCAAUGGUGUUGGCCACAUUGUUAACGACGCUGUGACUACGAUAUCUGUAGUAAUGGCAGUAUUCGUCCAUAGCCGUUUCUACUGAGCAUCUACACAUCAAAUAUUAUAUUUCCACGGUGAAAGGAACAUAAUCAUUAUAAAGUAUUCACUAGAUAAUUUAACACUAAGUAGUUAUUUGCAGAUGUUUUCUUUUAUAGAUGAGUAUUUGUACCUAUGGUGUAGAAGUUUAUACUGAGACGUGAUAUAACGUCGCUGGAAUUUUUACGGUCCAUUCGAACUGCUGUUAAUGCUUUAGAAAACUUUUAAAGAGAGAAUAUCAACUGCCGACAGCAGAUGGAUUAUUUUUUUUAAAUUAAGCCUUUAAUUUUAAAUUAAAUCAACCACAACCUACCAUUAAAAAAAUUGUUAAACUAUUAUAGGAACUCCGGUGUUUAAAUAUUUUUUUUGUUAACGAAGCAGCAGUUCAAUAGAAAUGUCUAAUUUUGUAGUGAUUAUGCAUACAGCUGCUUUUGUUUAAACAGUUUGUGUCGGUUGUAAUGUCAAUGUUUGAAACUGGUUUGUUUAUUAAUAACAAAUAAAGUGUCGUGGCCGUGUGCCCACAAUGA